GGCGGGGGCGGUGCCGGUGCCGCGCCGGGGCGGGACGGAACGGGACGUGCUGGGCGCGGAGCUGAACCGGGCUGAGCUGGUGGGGUGUCCGGACGGCCCCGCCGGUGAUGCGCUCCCCGUGGGGGCUCCCGGUCCCGGCGCCGGCCCGCUGAGGCGCCGCGGGCCCCCGGGUUGCGUGUGAGGGGUGCGCGGUGCCGCCGCGGCCAUGCCGUGCACCUGCGGGAACUGGCGGCGGUGGAUUCGGCCGCUGGUGGUGCUGCUGUACAUCGUGGGGCUGCUGGUGGUGGUGCCGCUCUGCGUCUGGGAGCUGCAGAAGCUGGAGGUUGGCAUUCAUACCAAGGCAUGGUUUAUUGCUGGGAUCUUUCUCCUAAUGACUAUACCAAUAUCUCUCUGGGGAAUACUACAACACUUAGUCCAUUAUACUCAACCUGAAUUACAGAAACCAAUAAUAAGGAUUCUAUGGAUGGUGCCGAUUUACAGUUUAGACAGUUGGAUAGCUUUGAAGUACCCCAACAUUGCAAUAUAUGUGGAUACAUGUCGAGAAUGCUAUGAAGCUUAUGUCAUCUAUAAUUUUAUGGUUUUUCUUUCAAAUUAUCUAACCAACCGGUACCCAAACCUCGUAUUAAUAAUAGAAGCAAAAGAUCAGCAGAGACAUCUGCCACCUUUGUGUUGUUGUCCAUCAUGGGCUAUGGGAGAAGUUUUAUUAUUUAGAUGUAAACUGGGUGUCUUGCAGUACACUGUUGUCAGACCAUUUACAACCAUCAUUGCUUUGAUUUGUGAACUAGUGGGAGUGUAUGAUGAAGGGAACUUCAGCUUCAACAAUGCUUGGACUUACUUGGUUAUACUUAACAACAUGUCCCAGCUAUUUGCUAUGUAUUGUCUGGUGCUGUUUUAUAAAGUACUGCGUGAAGAACUGAACCCUAUCCAACCUGUUGGCAAGUUCCUUUGUGUGAAGAUGGUAGUUUUUGUUUCUUUCUGGCAAGCUGUGCUUAUUGCAUUGUUGGUGAAAGUUGGUGUUAUUUCUGAGAAAAGCACCUGGGAAUGGCGAAGUGUGGAAGCUGUGGCUACAGGACUACAGGAUUUUAUCAUUUGUGUUGAGAUGUUCUUAGCUGCAAUUGCACAUCACUACAGUUUUUCCUAUAAACCUUAUGUUCAAGAAGCUGAAGAAGGGUCAUGCUUUGACUCUUUUCUAGCCAUGUGGGAUAUUUCUGAUAUAAGGGCAGAUAUAUCUGAGCAGGUUCGAAAUGUUGGAAGAACGGUUUUGGGCCAGCCAAGAAAAAUGUUUUUUGCUGAUGAUCAUGAACAAAACGAGCAUACAAGUUUACUGUCUUCAUCAACUCAAGACCCAAUUUCUGAUGCUUCUUCAAUGCCAUCUUCACCCAUGGGUCACUAUCAGGGGUUUGGACACACCGUGACACCUCUCACAACACCAACAACAGCCCCUGCACUUGAUGAUAUUUAUAAUACUUCUGCUACUCAGGAUGCUGAGGAGUCACCUGAACUAGAGCACAAAUUAUCAGAGAAAGCUUUGGAUAAAAGCUAGACUCACCUGCUCUUUGAAUGUGUCAGCGAGUUUGUUGCAUACUUGCUACACAUAUUCUGUUAACAUGUACUGUUAGUGCUGAAAGUUGAAAAGCUUCUCUGGAGACAGGAAGAGGAUAUAGCUGGAACUGACAUCUGAAUCUGUGAUGUGUCUGUGAGUGCCCAUGAGCAGAAAACACGCACACUGUAAAGGUUUAUGCUUAAACUUCAGAAUUAACUCCUUAAACUGCUAAACACACAACGUGUCAAAGUUACGCUGACUUCUGCUAAUACAAAAGAAACAUUUGAAAAAUAUCCUGCUCUUCUAAAGAUGUGCAAUUCUACUAGCAAUGGGAAAACUUAAUUUCAAGAAUGUAAUUUAAGGAGGGCAAUAGCAAAAAGCAUUAGCUUUGGUGGCCCUCUUGAUGAUGGUAACUUCCAUACCCCAAUGCUGAAUGGACUGUGAACAGAACGGUAACUUCUGUACAGAUGCCAUCUUCUUCCCUUUUCUGCCUUGCUAAACAAAACCUCUUCAUGACUAUUACAGAGCAUCAGUAAAGAAUCUAUACGAAGAAAGCAUUCCCUACUGGCCUUGCUAUAAAAUUCCAUGCUCAGAACACACAGUUGGCAUGUCUGUUGUCCUUGUAGCUCAUAAUCUGUAAGUCUUUUUACGUUCAGAAGAGACAGCCAGGAUGAUAGGGUUUAGAUUAAUACCUUACACUUGACUACUCUUUUCCUGUCCUCUUAAUAAGAGUAAGGGUUAGUACCUUAAAAACCAUGGAGGGGAAGGGAAUAAAGGAUGUCAAAAAGGAAGUGGAAAACAAAACUAUUAUUUAUUUUGGGCUGCAAUAAAUUCUUUAACGUUUAAGUUUGGUUUUUUUUUUAAGCUGCUAAUGCAGGAUAUCUUGACAAUAAUGUGUGUAGUAAUUUAUAGUCAUAAAUUUGUGAGUAUGAUUAUUGUAUUAUGCUGCUAGUGUAGCCUGGAUUUAAAUGUAGUAGUUGAUUUAUCCCCACCACCACUGCAUAAAAGACCUUUGCUGAGACCUAAGUAAAACUAAGUAGCUAGUCUAAUACUUGAGUUACUAGCAUUAGAUUUCAGACCAAAAAGUUUACUUGUAUGAAAAAUGUGAUUUUGCAAAAACUAACAAAAUCAGAAGGGUGUUGGUUUUAUGCCAUUUCAUGUUUGCAAUCUGACAAAAAUAGAAGAAAAAAAAAAGCUGGAGGACUUACCUUGAAAGUGACAUCUGAAAUUCCUUUUUCAGCAUUGUCAGCAUUUACAGGAUAAAUGUUUAACUUCUGGCUGUCACAGUAAAUUCAUCUUAAGUGCUUUUUUUUGCAGUACUAGUGUGAUGUAAAUACUGCGCCUUACUCACUAGGCUGCACGUUUUAUAGUUGGUUAUGUACUUGCUGUAUCUGUAGUGGGAAAGUGCAUUGUAAUUUUUAAUUUGCCAGGUCAUAGCCAUUGUUGUAAAUAAGCAAUUAAAGAUUUUAUUUAAACUCUUCACUUUCUUUCAA